AUGAUUGGUGUAAUGAAAUCACAAUCAAUUGAUCAGUCAUUAAGCAAGCUACAGAAAAGCGGCGAAAGUGAAAGUCCAAGGCUGCAACAUCCCCAGCUAAAACGAACAAACACAGACCAAAAUAUUGACACUUCAUUUAAUAAUCAUCAAGCUGAACAAAUUCGAAUUCUGCCUCCUGCAUAUCAGUAUUCAAAUUAUGCCACUACAAAUUGAGAAGAGGAGGAUGAUAUUGAUCCUUAUGAAGAAAUUAAUAAAUCAUGACAAUGCUCUCUAUUAUAA